AUGAAUCGUCCAGAUCGAGAUAUUCAAACAAAAGUAGAUACAUCAAUACUUUUCUUAAAUGAAACAAUACAAUAUAAUGCUAAUGAACCAUCCUUGGCAUUUUAUCGACUUCAAGAACAUGUACAAAAAGCUUUACCAAUAAUGAUACAAAAAAGAUGUGAACUUAAAAAUUUACAAGAACAAAUAAAUGGUCUUAUAUUUGAUAUUGAAUAUAGUGUUGAUGCUGUAAAAAAUUUAGCAAAGAGUAAUGAACAUAUGAAUAAUAUUGUUACAAAUUUAGAAAAAGCAAUUUAUAUUGGUAAACAAAUAAGUUUAUUUCGACAAAAACAUGUUCAACAACAAUUAUUUGAAAAAAAAGAUGGACCAUUAUUAGCAUCAAUAAAAAAAUAA